AUGGCUGUUGGGGUUGCGAGAUGUGGAAAUAGCGUUAGAAGCUUCUUGUUUAUGGUGGUGCUUCUAGAAAGCUCCGGGCACUGUAGCUACAUCAUACGCGCGUACCCAGUGCUUAUUUUUUGCAAGAACAUCACACAUGGAAAAUGGAGAAGAAGUAGUAGGAGUCUCUCGAUUCCAUAG